AUGCUUCACCAUUUGCCCAGGCAAGGGAAGGUGCGUGAAUGGAGUGCUGCGAGUGAGGACCGCAGCGCCUCGGAGGAGCGGGAGCACAUCCUGCAGCGACUCCCUGCCUCUGUUCAGGCGAUGCUGCUGCGGUCUAACCUCAAACUAACGGAGAGUGAGAUGCAAAGUAUUGCCUGCGCGACGGCUGAUCAGCGCUGCGAGGCACUUCGCAUGAUCUUUGAGGGUCAAUCGGCGGAGGAUGCGGUUUUUUUUCUGCUGAACCUAAGCUGCCGCAACACAACAUCACAGGCAACCAAGGUUGAUGCGUACCCCACUGCAGGAACUGCCACAGUGGGAGUGAUGGGCACCCCGCAGGCAGUGACGCCUCGUUCCAGUAGCUGCACGUUGGACGCUUCCCCCUCACCACAUCCCGAUCCAUUCCCUCGUGAGAGGCUCUUGAUGACGCAAGUGCUUUCUCCGCCUUCGUUGCGUUUUACGGCCAUGAACUAUUGCUACAUCACUGGGGAGAAGGAAUAUGGUGAGUGCGCCUCUUCAUCCUCGAGCGUGCCUUCACCGCACCCGCGUUCUCAGCCGGCACCUUCACAAGCACUAAGGGAAAUUAGAGUAAACACUGCCGCCUUUCCAGCAGCAAUUAAUGCGGCGAAGGGGGUUUCAAAUCCGAUCCUAGUAAAAGCGAAGAAGUCCCCGAGUCCUUGCGUGGUAGCGCACCCUCAGCGAGGUUGCGAGAGAACUGCUUCGGGAGACGCUAAGGAGGCGGCAAUAAAGAGCGUCAGACCGGAAUUCCUACCAGUUUCCACAUGUCCAACUUCAACGGCAUGCUCGGCAUGGAAUGAACACUACCAGACAUUUAUUGUACAUCCCAAUCAAUUGAAGCGACUUGAAGAAUUAGAGAAGCACAUAACACCCCCAAAAAUUAUAUGUCCCCGAAAUGAUAGGGCUUUUCGUCGCCUGAAAACAGAUGUUUGUCGGCCGUUCACACUUUCAGGCACCACCUCUGCGACGACACCGCCUUCCCCUUUAUGGAUAUUUCAUCAAAAAGGCGUUGCCGAUUCCAGAGGAGGUGUUUCACCUGUUACACCACGAAUACGCAAUACGUACUACCCCGCAGGUAAUAAAGACGCUGUCUCUUCGGCCCCAUGUGUGCCGCCAUUGAAGGCUCUGAAGAGCACAACAGUGAAAGAAGAUGUCUUUACUCGUUUGUACACCAAUACCCCUUUGCGAGGAACUUCGAGAGCGGCAGUGGCACUGGGGGGAACGUCUAAGGCGGUCGCAAAUGAGAAAGCGACAACGCCGCGUAGUGCCAAAGUUAGGCGCACUUCAUCUUGUUACAGUUGGCAUACUUUGGCCCAGAACGGUGAGGGUGUGAAUACGUGUCCGACGUGGCGGCCAACAUGCCGGUCUACAACUUCUCAUGCCUACUGCCAUCAUCUUACAUUCACAGGGACGCUUUCUGCACGAAGCCACAAUGGCGCCUUAACGAAUGUGGUUGCACCGUGGAAAAAGCCAUCUAAGAUGAGUGUUGUUUCGUCCCGUGAAGGUGCUUUACAAUCAAUCCCGGGAAAUGCCACUGCAAUUAACCAACAGCCUGGCUUUGCUCAAACCUCAGCAUGGAGUGACCGUCAUAAAUCGCGCGGUGUGUAUAAUUCAGGAUUCACCAUGCAGCUAACUCAGCAGCGUGAUGUCAAAUACUCUGCUUUCAUCACGGCGAAUAGGCUGAAACGUUCCGCAACUGCAACCACAGGGCGUUGA